AUGCGACCAUGCAAGGCAAAAUUGAAUAUAACAAACAUAUCUAAACACACGAUAAAUCAUCUAUUUCGUUAUCAAUGUAAAUAUACCGGUUGCGGAAAAGAAUUCCGCGUUCAGACAUCAUUUUCCAGGCACAAGAAAUCCUGUAAACACAAUCCUCAGUGUAAAAACUUCCUCGGCGCAACGAAACAAAAUCCGCAGCUGGAACAUACUUUGGCAGAGACACGAAAAGAUCACAUUGCCGAUCGAAGUUCAGUAGGUCAACAAGACCACUUAAGUGAUGACUAUCUCCCUGAAAACUUUAACAUCGGUAGCCCUGAUAUUAACAUUCUCGACUACUGUUAUUUUGCAGCAGUAGGAGCAACGGAAGGAAAUCCGCAGUUGGGACAUACUUUGGCAGACACACGAAACCAUCAUAUUGCCGAUCAAAGUUCAGUAGGUCAACAAGACCACUCAAGUGAUGACUAUCUCCCUGAAAACUUUAACAUCGGCAGCCCCGAUAUUAACAUUCUCGACUACUGCGAUUUUGCAGCAUUGGGUCCAGAUAUAGUCACAUUAUUCAGUGAAUAG